AUGACAUUAAGUAAUCACAACAGCAAACUAAGAAGGCAGGACAAAUCUCUGGACGAAUCGAGUGAAAUAAACACCGAAGAAAUGGAAUCGUCAGAAGAGGUUGAUGUAAGUAAGGUCCUCGUUAAGGCGGUGUUUAAGUGCGCGACCAAAAUGUUCUCGAAAUUCACAAAAUUAUUCGAUUUCGUGAGUAUAUAUGGUUAAAUCAUUAAAAAUUAUUAAAAUUUUAGAUGGAUGGAUACGGAACUGAGCGCAUCUAUCCGAAACAGAGUUCCUCCACUCCUGCACCAAUCACUACGACCACUCAGCAUCCUCCAACUUCCACAUCAACUCCAGCAGCUCCCCCAAAACCCAUUUACAAACUAAUUUAUUUCGAUGCCAGAGGCAUUUGUGAGUCCAUAAGGCUGAUGUUCAUCUACUCGAACAUCUCCUUCAUUGACAAAAGAAUAACCUUGAAUGAAUGGAUGAGACUAAAAGAAAGUAAGAGGCGUCGUCGAACUAAAGUUUUCGUUGCAGCGACGGAGUUUGGGAAACUCCCAAUUUUGGAGGUAAAUGGGAAAAGAUUGAGUCAGUGCCUGGCCAUAUCGAGGUAUUUGGCCAACAAAUUUGGUGAGUAUACAUUGGAGGUCCGUGAUCUAUACCAUACGCCUCAUUUUCUUCUACAUUCAAAAAUCCCAUACUUUCUAUAUAAAUUGAGCGAUACUAGACUUCACUGCCGGCCACUUUUCUUUUCACGUUUUAUAGUUUUCAGGAAUCGCAGGAGUUGACCAAUGGGAAAUUGCAAAGCUUGAUGAAAUUAGCGAGUUCCAUCGCGAGGUCGUCCACGAAAUGUCUCCUUAUUUUUACGUUCUCGGAGGAUAUCGCAAAGGGAAUGUGGUGAGAACAAACUUAUUUGUAAUCCUCAGUAAUAAAGGAUCCUAAUUUUUGUUACAUAUUUUAGGACCAAUUGCGUCGCGAUGUGUUCCUCCCGGCAGUUGAGAGACAUCUCCCGACCUACGUGAAACUGUUAAAGAAAUCAAAGUCUGGAUUCUUUGGCAAGAAAGUAUCUUGGAUAGAUUUUACAAUCAGCGAAUUCCUCUACACCAUCAAGACAUACGAAGGUCGGAUUCUGCGCAAAUUCCCUCAGCUAGUCCGCUUUCUCGACCGGGUCUACCAUCUGCCCGAGAUCCGGGCUUACCUCAAAGAAAGAACCAGAACCCCGCUUUAG